GGGCAAACAUGGCGCCUCCAAACACCGCACAAAAGAUCCUGAUUUAGGCAAAAGAUCGCGAUUUCAAACUUUCUACUCUGACCAGAAAGUUUUUAUCGCGAUCUUCCCUCGUGGGGGCGCCUAAACAUGGCGUCUGAGGUCAUGACGCUGCAAGCGCAAGCAGGGAAGAGAGCUGACAGCGGCUUCAAGAAGGAAGCGUGGACCGAAGCACUCGCUGCAUUCAACAACCGUUUCCAGACGAAGCUGUCGAGGCAACAGAUCAAGUCCAGACUGACAGCGCUGAAAGGCAUCUAUACGUCGAUCAAGGCGAUGCUGGACGCGUCAGGAUUUGGCUGGGAUGAUGAACGUCAUGUCGUGCUAGUGCAUGACUCCGUUUGGGAUGAUUAUGUCAAGGUACAGCUAUUGCACACUACAAGCAUUGACAAACUGUAUUACCCAGGAUUAAAAAUUCGAUCUUUUUACGAUCGCUUCAAAUGAAAUACCUGCACCGUUUUGAUGACCAGCAACAGAGAUAGUAACUGCUAUAG